CGGUGAUCCGUCCUCUCAUCCUAGUGUUUGCCUGCAGCAAGAUGGCGGCGGUCUCAAUGUCAGUGGCGCUGAAGCAGGCGUUGUGGUGGAGAAGGGCAGUGGCUGUAGCUGCCCUUUCCGUUUCCAAGGUUCCGACCAGGUUGUUGAGCACUUCCGCAUGGAGAUUGGCACAGGACCAAACUCAAGACACGCAACUCAUAACAGUUGAUGAAAAAUUGGAUAUCACUACUUUAACUGGUGUUCCAGAAGAGCAUGUAAAAACUAGAAAAGCCAGAAUCUUUGUUCCUGCUCGCAAUAACAUGCAGUCUGGGGUAAACAACACAAAGAAAUGGAAGAUGGAAUUUGAUACCAGGGAGCGAUGGGAAAAUCCUUUGAUGGGUUGGGCAUCAACAAAAAGACACAUUUCAUUGUGCAGCAGAGACAGUGCUAAUGGAAAAGGGCUGAUCCCUUAUCCAACAUGGUUCUAACCUUCCGUACUAAAGAAGAUGCAAUUUUCUUUGCAGAAAAAAAUGGAUGGAGCUAUGAUGUCGAAGAGAAGAGAGUUCCAAAACCCAAGUCCAAGUCUUAUGGUGCAAACUUUUCUUGGAACAAAAGAACAAGAGUAUCCACAAAAUAGGUUGGCACUGACUAUAUCUGUGCUUGACUGUGAAUAAAGUCAGCUGUGCAGUAUUUAUAGUCCAUGUAUAAUACAUCUCUUAAUCUCCUAAUAAAUUUGACCUUUAAACUACA